AUGGCGGCCUCAAAGCUCGAAAUCAAUUUCCGCCGUCUUUUGGAACGCUGCGAAGCGAUGGCCUCAGAAAUCCAGGAGAAUAAAGAAAACGUUAGCUGGAAGUUGGAAAAAGUGAGUUAUAGCAUUCAUCAAAAAAUUGUUUUCUACUGUUACCUCUCUAGGAUUUGAACAAACUGUCGACCCCAGCUGCCUGGUCGGGUUUGUAACAAUUUUUCACCGUUUUUCUACUCCAUAUUGCAGUAUGUUUUAACGUUACAGAGGCAAGCUGCCGAACUAAAAAAGUCAGGAAGGUUAGUUUUUAAAUGCAAAGUAAUAAGAUAAAAUUUAAACGAGCAAUACGUCAAUGUAAAAUAGUGCUUUUAAGUAAUAAGCUUAAAACAGCUGAUACAGGUAGUCUUUACUCUGACGGGUCUUAAUGUCGGGUCGAUUGUAUUUAUUAUUAAUAUUUUAGUCAUCACAACAGAGCUUUUUUAUUAGUAUCUGACCCAGUUAAAUAAAGGAGGAGAAAGUUUUUUCAUAUUAAAGGAAAGAGUUCAACGUCUUGGUAUACCGACAAUGGACGUAGCUAGUUCAUUGUUUAAUUUUCGUACCCCAAUAUGGCGGACUGAAGUAUACCUGUAUCGUACAAACGCGCAAUAAUGACAAUCUAAUUAAUUGAUAUCAACUAAUCUGGCAACAGAAACCAGACCCAUAUGCACAUUUCUCCUGUUACCGUAUGUGUGUAGUAACUGUUAAACUUUUAUCAAAUAAAAGUGAACGUCUCUUUUACAGUGCAGUAAGUAAACUCAUCCAUAACCUGGAUUAGACAGGACUCCAGGCUUAAACAUAACUUUUCUUGACUUUGUCGGCUUCAGUUUGGCGUAAAAACAAGGUGGGGGCCCGCACCCCUUGGCACCUUUUCCUAGAUCCUGCGACCAAACUGUCAGUGAAGGAAGAAACUCACUGGUGUCAGCAGACAUUCACUUUUUUUUAUUACAUUUACUAUUUAUGUGAUAGAAACCACUCUUAAGUGGACAUUCAUAGUUGACUGAUCUCUGAGGUUCAUUCGUCUAUCAGUAGCGUAAAGGUAGACAUCUCCCGUUGGUAGAAGGCAUUGGUUGGCUGGCCUGAGCUAAAUUUAUGUUGUCUGUCAGUAUUCAACAUUUUGAAAGGCAGAUGACAUGUGUCUCUAACGUACUGUAGGCACCAGUGGUCAGGGAUGUAGAUAAUAGCCGGGAACCAGGAAAAAUACCCGGGUGUCAGCAUAAUUUUUCCAGCUGAAAAAAAUGCGGUGUUUAAAAAGGCAACUGUUUUCUUCUCAUGUUAUCUGCCCAUCAAAUGCCAUUUCCCAUCUGUUAUAAAUUUAAGCUACAUCCCUUGUGGUUGUUGGCUGGUAACAGCUUCCAAGUUUCACUUUUUUGUCACUGUGUAACUAAAACUUUCUUCAAUUCAAAGCAAACAUUCUUAUGGUGAAAAAAACUCUAAUGAAGAUUCCGGAGGUUAACUGAUUUUUCACCUCACCAAUAAGUAUAGCCAGCAUUUUAGGUUAUGCCUCUUAUGAUUAAAGAAGUGUACCUUUUCAAAAACUGGGAAAUCAAAAUAUUUUGGUUCCAUCAGCUUGUCGAGUCAUGUGUAAAAUACAGUUUUUGAAAUGAUAAAAAUGUUGAAUUUUAAUUUUUUUUCUCCCAUUUACUUGAAGUAAUCAAAAUAUUAAAUAUGUUUUAUCUUGUAACAGCAAACCAAGUCCAGACACAAUGACUGAAUACAACAAGAAAGUAGAGUUCCUUAAAGGUUUAAUAGAAACACAGAAAAUGGUGAGACAGGGAUCAAUGUUUUGAAAUCUUAAGAUGCGCAUCUGUUGUUGCAUUCAAAUGGGAAAAAUUAUUGUUUAGGAAUAGCUAAGAAAUGCUUGUCAUCAGAGAAUAUACAAGUACAAUAAAUUGUAUAUCGUUUGUAUGUUAACUAUUUACUGCUGGUUGAAUGUAAGUGUUGACACGAGAUAAAAAAACAUGUUCUAAUAGGGUGCCUGACUUGCCGUUAAAGCAAACUGUCACACCAAAGGUAAGUUGUUUGUAUGUUUUCGAUUGGCAUGGUCUGCUCACAUUCCAUUUACGUUUACACAUGACCUUCCAUACAUUGUCUCUGUUUUAUUUACGUGAGUAAAACUUAUAUGCAUAUGCACAUGAAAAUUAUGGGACAGUGGAAAUCCACCAUCAGUCAUAAGGGGAAAAUCCAGGCACCCUUCAAUUUCUACUGGCUCUGACAAUAUCAUGAUAAUUUAGGUUUGUUGGAAGCUCUCAAAUUCUCCUUUCCAAGGGUUUGUUCCCUUUAAAUUUCAAUUGCAGUUGAAUACAAGUGUAGAUCCAUGUAAAAUAAGACUUACCUUCACUUUGUUUUGUAGAAAUCACCAACAGAAAAACUUCUCGCCAGUCGGCAGUUAGUGCGUCCACUGAGUCAAACAUCCAAUGCGCAGACCACAGAGGUGGACAAAGGACGAACAGUAAACAGAGCACAAGAACUUCACAUCAGGGCAAAGUCACAGAUUAAUAAAGAGAUGAGAAGUGAACUUCUGGGAGAAGGUGAGAACAAUGCAGCUUAAUUUCACUUCUGAUAUAAUGCACUUGUAAGUUAGUUUAUUUGAUAUUUUUGUUAUUUUUGUAAGGAUCAUGCACAGUACUGGCUUACAAUCCUCGACACAUUACAAAGGUUUUCUUAGCCCAAUAUUUUCACAAAACUAAGGACUUUCAGGGCACCUUACCACGGCACAUUCAUUUUGGCUUGUUUUUGGGCAUUUGAGACAUGAAAUACUUUGGUUUUUAAAAGUAAAUUGAAUAAUAAAUUUAAUUAAUUUAUUAGUGUUAAAAGUUAACAAGGAACCUUGCUUAUUUUCCAGACAAUAAGAAAGACAGUCAUGGAGUGCGAAACAGGUGACUGAUUAUAAUUAUUUUACUUGCAUAUUACUAGUUUGGUCGACCCUCAGUCGCUGAACAAAAUAUAACUGUUUAUUUUAAAAUCCCCCAUAAUCACUCUGUUUGCUCCCAAUGCAACACUUGGCAUAAACUAUAGUCUUCAAAUGCUCCUGGGAGAACUGUGUAAUUCCAAGGGCUUUUGCGAACAAAAACUUUAUUUAUAGCAAAGCCUCAAUCGGUGAUAAAAUUGUUGAGACAUUGUACUCAAAUAGGGUAACUUCAGAGAACAAAAGAAUGCACACCCUUCCCCCUUACACAAUUCAAAGUUGGGGUGUUUGUUGUUUUCUGUACGUAGCUUGAACAGCAGCACAACAUUGCAUGGAGGGGAUGGGGGAGGAAAAGCUUUAUUUUCAUCUUUUGAAGUCAGUAAAACCUCAGAAAGCUGAUUUUGUCACCAAUUGUAGAGAGGCAAACAGGGUGUAUUAUGUGGAAACUCCAAAAAUAAAAGUCAGUGGAAAAAAAAUCCCUGAUAGCAAGUCAGUAUGACUUUGUAAGUAUGUACUGGUGUCAACUUAAUAUUUUCUGCAUCAUGAAUUGUUGGUUAGUGUUGAACAAUCUGCCUUUUAUAGCCUGUGUUCCAGCUCCUUCCCACACAUUGUCUAAACCCUCAGAGUGUGUUCCAUUUGAAUGAUCCAAAUAAGGAUCAGUGACUUGUGAUCACUCAGAAUAUAGCACAUCAAAGGACUCAAUGAAUCAACCCUGGGAAAGGAUUCAUCAGUUCACUUGAUGUGCUAUUGCCUAGUUUCAAAUUGAGAGGUGCUGGAUAUGAGUCGGUUUAUCAUGGGCUAAACAACAUGAGAACUAUAUAGUCAGAAAGAGCAAAAUACCAACAUUCUCAAGUUUGGUGUUUAUUGGGCCUAUAUUGAAUGAUAUAAAUAGAUGUACGGACGAUGUGACCGGCAAUCCAUACAUGUACAUCUCUUAUAAAAGUGAUUUUCAAGUUUACCGAUAGCUGUAUCUUGUUCGAUAUUGGCGCGAUCGACACCAAACUUCACAUAUUUUAUAAACUGACUCAUACCCAGCCCCUCUCCAUUUGAAACUAGGCAAUGGCUGAGUGAUCUAUGACCUGGAUCAUCCCAAAGGAACUCACCCUUAGUCUAUACAGGCAGUGCAUGUAGCGUCUGCCAUGCAGGCUACUUGUUUUUGACAAUCUUUUUUCUUGAAGAUUAACAGGCAACAAGAAAAGUGAUGCAAAUGAUGAAAGCAUUGACUCAGUUCUACAAUACCAUCAGAACUUACAAGAAAAUAUAGCAGAGGAAAUGAUAAAAAUGGCUCAGCAUAUAAAACAUACAUCUGUCAUGGCCAGAAACAUUAUUAAAGAAGAUAACAAGGUUACGUUUCAUAACAGUAAAUAACAAAUUAUUGGAUGAGGUCUUUUCCGAACAUCUGAAACAGACUAGGUCAAGUAAAUGUUAUUGGCUGAAGCUGAUAACUCUUACUGAGACUUUGAUUAUUGCAAAUACCAUAUUUCCUUGAAUAAUAGCCGUCCCUGAAUUAAUCGCCUCCCUUGAAAAAUCGCCCCCUUUGACGGAAGUGUUUAAAAUAAUCACCUCCCCCACCUCUGUGGGUUACUCACUAGGGACAGCCAUUGUGGAACUUGGAGGGUGGAGCUAAAGUGGAGUCUGAUUCAGCAAAACUGAUCAGUGAUGACUCAAGCACUGAUGCCACAGAAAUUGACAGCAACAUUAAUCAAGGAACCAAAUUUGGAACACUUUAAAUGCCAAUGUUCUUUUAUCUGAUGUGAUUAUUAUUUUUUUAUUUAAUGGGAAAAUAGAACAAAUAUUAAUAGGGCACGACUUCUAGUCAGCAAUAUUUGAAAUAGUCGCCUCCCUCGAAUAAUCGCCCCCUUUUUGUGCGAAAAAAGAAAUAAUCGCCCCCAGCUAUUAUUCAAGGAAAUACGAUAUCCCAAAAACCAAAUCCAAUAAGAAUUGUUUUAUUAUACAUGGUUGUCCUUGAAUACCAAGCUUGGUGCACACAAUUUGAAGGCUGUCAUAAAUAUGAUCAGCUACCAAGGUGACCCCUGGCCUACUGUAUAAAUUUAAUAGAAUAAAAAUAGAACCAAGUGAAAUGUGUACCUGUUUGAUUCCCUGUCUGCUUGUUUCCUGCAACUUGAAAUCUUAGUGACAGCCAUAAAUUAUAAAUUUGUAUCACUAAGUUUCUUUACUAUUGUAGAGACGAAUUACCCAAAUUUUGGGCAAAACCACUGCCAAGAAUGUGAAAUACGAGCAGUAUUCAAAACAAAGGUUGUUAAUGUGGACUUAAGUAAAGGCUUUAAACCGGCUCAUAUAAAGGAUAAUGCCUGACCCCUAAGGCCUUGUUAAAAAUAAUGACCGAGCGCCUGAGGUCAUUAUAUUUAACAAGGCCUUGGGCCAAGGGCUAUUAUUUAAUGUACUUUUCCACUGUUUUAGAACCAGCAAGUCAUAAAUAAGGAUCUCCUGUUCUACCUCAGUGACCUGGGCUUUAAUUUAUUAAAAAUAAUAACUAAUGUUCAAAACAAAUAGAUAUGUGCGUUAAUAACAAGGAAGGCGUAUUUACAAAUUGGUCAUUUUAGGAAGGCUCCAUGUACAGACAACAGAGAUAAACUUUGAAAAACUUACUGUUUAAUUUUGUGUUCUGUUUUUUAGACCUUGGAGCAGUCAACAAAGCUUGCAGAUUCAAAUUUUGAGAAACUUCAACGAGAAUCAGAAAGACUUGAGGAAUUAACACAGACACCAUGUUCCUGGUGGAUCUGGAUUAUGAUAAUUACAGUUUGUAUUGUGUUUAUGUGGAUGAUUAUAUUUAUUAGACUUUUUCCAAAGAAGUGA